AAUAACAGGGCUCCCUGGAGCUACAGAAGGAAAUUAUUUAAUUGCCUUUUUUUAAUAGAGAAAGGGGUUGCUCGCAUGCUGCAACUAAAUGUUAUUAAUAGCCUGAUUUGUACUGCAAAAAGCUUCUUAAAAUGCAAGUGUGUUGCCAGAGGCUCUGCAGAGACUCCGUGGAGCAUCGUUUUGUUUUGACAUGUCAACAGUGGUGUUAAUUGAGUGCGAGCCAGGAAAAUAGUAAAACUUCCAUGUAAAUGAAUGGGUCUCUCCAAGACUUAAGAAUCUUCAGUAGCAAGUCAGAGCAGUGCCAGGGGUGAGGAUUUACUUAGACUUCAGAAACCAGCCUAUUCCUUUCAGGCCAUGCAGGUAAAGUUUUUUUUGUUUGUUUGUUUUGCUUGGCAAAUAAAUUAACCAAAAAAAUGCAUUUUGACAGAGCAACAAGGAUACUGAGAAUGUGACAAAUACUUUCACAGUAUUGUAAUGGUUUAUUUUCUGCAUCCUGAAAAUGUUUAAUCACGGUAGUCUCAAAACACCAAAGACUUCUUGGUUUCUCCCCCAAAUUUCAGCAAAGCCUGAACCUCCUGGGGAGCAGUUUGCUGAAUACAGACCUGUAUCCUUGGCCAGACAAAGCCCUGGCCUUGCUUCUAGGUGUUUCUUAUGCUGGACAUUCACAUUAAAAUGUAUUUCUGGCUUUGUGCGUCAGGGAAGUGUGGGGCAUCUGAAGCCCAGCUGGCUGCUGAGCAGCAGCCCCACGACCAGUCUCCCAUCGCACCUCCGGCACUGGUUUCUGGCUCUGGUUUUGUUUUAGCUUGCGUGUUAUUCCCAGCUCUGGCUAUUGCUGUGGCUAGUGGAAGGAAGGAAGCAGUUCGGUGCUGCGAUGCUGGGAAGGAAACCUGCUGCUGUGCAGACGCUGAACUCGAGUGACUAAGGCUUUCGGUGGGAGCAGUCAUCCUCCGAAGCCUUUUCCCUUCUGCCAAGUCCUGAUGAGCUGUGAGUGUGAGUUUUGCAAGUUGGCAAGAGAAAAAGGAAAGUGAUAAAGCAUGAGAAAACACCUCAGCAAAGUACUUCCUACCAGUUUCUGAGUGGUUACUGAGGGUACUUGGAAAUAAAUACAGACUUAAAAGCAAAGGAUUCUCCUUUGGGCUCGGCAUAAAGGAGGAAGAAGAGCUGAUGCUGUGCUUGUUUCCCUGUACAUUAAGGUGGCUCCAUGUCCCAGCUCCAGAGCUCCUGGGAAAUGCACCAGCAGAGCAUGGCGUAUCUUCCAGAUACAGACAUGGAGACCAUGGCUGCUAGCACAUCGCUUUCCGACUCGGCUGGCGAGUUUGACAGGAACGUGCCCCGUAUCUGUGGUGUCUGUGGAGACAGAGCCACUGGCUUUCACUUCAAUGCCAUGACCUGUGAAGGCUGCAAGGGCUUCUUCAGGAGAAGCAUGAAGAGGAAAGCGAUGUUCACGUGCCCAUUCAAUGGUGACUGCAAAAUCACCAAGGACAACCGGCGUCACUGCCAGGCGUGUCGGCUGAAGCGCUGCGUGGACAUCGGCAUGAUGAAAGAGUUCAUCCUGACGGACGAGGAGGUUCAGAGGAAGCGUGAGAUGAUAUUGAAGCGCAAGGAGGAGGAGGCACUCAAGGAGAGCCUGAAGCCCAAACUCUCGGAGGAGCAGCAGAAAGUCAUUGACAUCCUCCUUGAGGCUCAUCGCAAAACCUAUGACCCCACGUACGCUGACUUCACCAAGUUUCGGCCCCCUGUGAGAAGCAACCCCAGCAACAGGGGGGCAGCAAGGUCCUCCUCCAUCCUCACCCAGGACUUGUCGUCGGAGGACUCCAGUGACCUUUUUGGCUCCGAUGCCUUCAGCACGUUUCCAGAGUCUGUGGAGCCCCAGAUGUUUUCAAACCUGGUCCUCUCCGAGGAGAAUGAUGAGAGCUCUUCCAUGAACAUCGACCUCUCCCACCUCUCCAUGCUCCCACACUUGGCCGACCUGGUCAGCUAUAGCAUACAGAAGGUGAUUGGCUUUGCCAAAAUGAUCCCAGGAUUCAGGGACCUGGCAGCAGAGGACCAGAUCGUCCUGCUGAAAUCCAGCGCCAUCGAGGUGAUCAUGCUGCGCUCGAACCAGUCCUUCACCCUCGAGGACAUGACGUGGACCUGCGGCAGCAAUGACUUCAAGUACAGGAUCAGCGAUGUCACCCAAGCUGGCCACAGCAUGGACCUGCUCGAGCCGCUCGUGAAAUUCCAGGUUGGCUUGAAGAAGCUGAACCUUCACGAAGAAGAGCACGUGCUCCUCAUGGCCAUCUGCAUCCUGUCCCCAGAUCGCCCAGGCGUGCAGGACACCUCGCUGGUGGAAUCCCUCCAGGAUCGUCUCUCGGAGAUCCUCCAGACCUACAUCCGCUGCAGGCACCCUCCUCCCGGCAGCCGCCUGCUCUACGCCAAGAUGAUCCAGAAGCUGGCCGACCUACGGAGCCUGAACGAGGAACACUCCAAGCAGUACCGCUGCCUCUCCUUCCAGCCCGAGCACAGCAUGCAGCUCACGCCGCUGGUGCUCGAGGUCUUCGGCAACGAGAUAUCCUGACUCCGGCCGUGGGGCUGAGCACCCACCAGUAAAGGGAUAAGUCAGCCUGGCUUCCCCGAGGCAGCGAGCGGAGAGACAUGACGCUGGGCAGGAAUUUUGUACAUAGACGGUUUGGUUUCACACUACUGGAGGUCCUGCUUUGUCUUCUCAUCCACGGCGGCCGAGGUUUGCUCGCUGCGGAGCAGUGACAGACCCAGAUCCGUGUGGUUUCCCCCCAAUCCAUGAGCAGCUUUUCUGCUUCCCUGCCGUCUGCGAGAGCUGACUUAUCCCUUUAUGGAUGCUUUUGAGGCUGGGCUGCCUCGAAUCACUUCUUUCUUGACCCGAAAAAUUGGGCUGCUUGGAAGGAGAAGCGCUGGGGUGUUUUGGCGUGGGGAGGCGGACUCACGGCGUUGCUGAACCCUCGGCAACGUCCUCUGCUCCCCUCCUAAAAUCUGCAGCGCUCAAUCCCCCCCUUUCAAAAAGGGAGAUGCCGACUGAAUUGCACACCCCGAAGCCCUGCCGGGAAAUGCCGUGGGCUGUGUCCCCACGCGCGUAACCGGCUAAAACCAUUCCCGUGAGCCCCUGCGAGACUGGGACCAGACCAGAGACGUCCGUGUCAGCCUCGAGAGUGGAGAUUUGUCCUCGGCCCUCAAAGGAAACAGCCGGACGAGCUGUAAUUUGCGUUCCCGACACUACUGCCUGGCUUUGGGGGAGCAGGGUUAUCUCGGGGUGACACCACGCUCUCGGAGCUGAACCCCUUUUCCCGCGGUUCUCGGGCACGACCCCCGCAACCUGUGACGGCGUCGCGGUAACGACCGCCAUCCCAGUUCGGCUUCGGCACCCUGCGACGUCCCGUGCCACGCUGGAACCGGGUGCCGGAGGCUGCUCGGUGCCACCGUCCCCGCUCGGUGCCGGCGGAGCAGCCCCCCCGGGGAGGGGGGGGGUCCUGGGUGUCCCCCCCCCAGCCCCGCUCUGGGCCCUGCACCGUGUCUGGGAAGGGGCCUAGCUCGCUGCUGGGUGCUGCUCCUCCUCGCAAAUAAACUCUUGCUUGGGAA